AUGGCAGCACGUGUGAUCAGUGUUCUUAUGAGAAUACGGUCCAUAAAGCCAUCUGAACCACUGAGAAGAUUCCACAAAAAUGCUCUUUUGUUGAGUAGUGAAAGUGAUGUAAAAAGGGUUGAGAUUGAAGAUGACAGAGAUGGCAAUGAAGACAGUUCAUGGGAAAAUUUUCGUGAUAUGGCAACAACAGAUAAAAUCAAUAGGUCAGAAUCAAUGUUUUCAAACGCUACUUAUAGAACAAGAUUUGUAAACGACCAUCGUAGUGAUGAUGUGAGGAGCAACGCUUACAAUAACUCUUACAAAAAUGAUGCCAGAAGCUAUGCUAGAUUUGACUCUCGGAAUCAUGCUCCUGGUUUCCAAACACAGCGCAGUGGGUCUACAUUUUUUGAGGACAUUCCUGUAAAUACCCCAGACUAUGAUCCAACGGUUCAGAUGGAUGUUUACAAGGAGCAUACAAUGACUGCUGAGAGAGAAAAAGGAGAAAUACUGAAGUAUUAUAAAGAAAACAAUAUCAGAGUGAUUAAUUCAGAUGAUAUCAAGCCAAUAUUGACUUUUGAUGAAAUAUCUUCCAUGGAGUACAUAAAGAAACUGAUUGGCAAAAAUGGAUGGACAAGCCCUUUUCCUAUCCAGGCUAUGACUUGGCCUAUUGCCUUGUCAGGCAAAGAUAUGAUAGGGAUUGCCCAGACUGGUUCAGGAAAGACCCUUGGAUACAUUUUGCCUGCAAUUGUGCAUAUAAGGCAGCAGAGGCAAACAGUACAAAGACACAUGAUUGAGCCAACUGUACUAAUACUGACCCCUACUAGAGAGUUGACACAGCAGGUGGAAAAAGUUGCCAUGGAGGUGGGUAAGGAUUAUAAAAUUCACACAGGGAGUGCUUUUGGAGGAGGAAAUAGAGGAAGUCAACUUAGAAAUUUAAGAGGUGCAGAUAUUUGUGUUGCAACACCAGGAAGGCUAAAUGACUACUUGUCUAAUGGAAUUAUGAACCUUAGAAGGUGUACUUACGUAGUGGUUGAUGAAGCUGACAGAAUGCUGGACAUGGGAUUUGAGGUUCAACUUAAACAAAUCUUGAGAUAUAUACAGCCUAACCGACAAAUGCUGAUGUGGAGUGCUACAUGGCCUAAAGAAAUACAAAGUUUAGCUGCAGUGUACCUCAAAAAUCCUGUACAGGUGCGCAUAGGAAGCCUGGAACUGAUGGCCAACCCAAAUGUUGAACAAAACUUUAUCCUUACAUCUCCGUACGAUAAAGCAUCACAAGUUGUCAAACUUCUGUCCACCAUUGCUUCAGAAUAUCCAAAAGAAUGUAAGACGCUAAUUUUCACAGAAAAAAAGAGAACAGCUGACGACCUGCACAACGCACUUCUGAGCAAAGGAAUCCCAACUGUUGCUCUGCACGGGGAUAAAAAACAGCAAGAAAGGGAUAGAAUUAUGGGAAUGUUCAGAGAAAAAAAGAAGAUCAUCCUGAUUGCUACUGAUGUUGCUUCUAGAGGACUCGAUGUUGCAGAUAUCUAUAAUGUCAUUAACUAUGACAUGCCUGCCAAUGGAGAAUCUUAUGUUCAUCGAAUAGGGAGGACAGCAAGAGGGGGCCGAAAAGGAAGAGCUUUUUCUUUAGUAACAAAAAAUGAUAUAGGUGUUGUGAAAUCUCUAGUACAGAUGUAUAACAGGCACCAAAAGAAAGUACCAGAUGAGUUAGCACAAAUGGUGUUUUCAGAUCGCAGACACAGUUCAAAGAGAGGCAUAAGGUUUGAUAGAGUAGACCCAUUGUGGAGAGAAUAGACAUUGAUACCAGAAAACUACAAUGUAUUACAAGAUAACAGAAGGAACAUGAUGUGUCUCUGAGUUUCGUUUGUUGCUUGAGGAAGACUGAUUUUAGGACGAUCAAAUACUUUAUUGUGGUAGUCUUGAUUGCAUUGUAACUAGCAGCCAGUCAAAGACCAAACAAUUAACAGACGUUUUUCCUUACUUCUUCAUUCAUGGUGUAUCAUUGUUAUUGUGGAGUCAUCAGAGGUGUUUAUCAAUGGAAUGGAAGUUGAUCUGGUGAUACAAGGCUGUACUUGGCAAACAUUUGAGGAAUGUAUUAUGAAUAUGUUGAUAAUUACAGUCCAACACCUUGUAUAUUUAUUUCAUGUGCUUGUCAUAAAAAUCACAAAUAUUACAAAACGUUUUUCUCUAAAUAUCUAUUUCUUAAUGAAAUAAAAUUAUCACACUGGACAUGAAAUUGUGCUGGUGGAGAGAAGACGAGCCAAGAGCUCAUGAUGGUGACUCCAUUAGGCAUUUUGGGGACCAUAAAGAGCUUAAUAAGGAGACACUAUACAGCAACCUUGGGGAUAAAAAGUGCUCAUGGUGACACCAUAUGACAUUAAUUGGACAUGAGAGCUCAAUAUGAGGACACCUUGUCAUACUCAAGGGACAAGACCUCAUUAUCACACUAUCACCAGAUGGUACUUUAGGGGCAAUAUUGUACAUAAUGUGAUGUGUUGCAUAUUAGUGAGAAUGGAAGCUCUUAAAUCACAAACUGUAAGAAAAUACUGCCAGUUUCUUAUUAUUACAAGUAGAAGAAAAUGUUUUACAAUAAAGUAGAAAAUGUUUUAAUAGUAACAUAGUGUUUUAUUAAAAUUUUGCCAGUGAAAAAAGGAAUGUAUCAUUUCGAUAAAAAUGUGUCAUCACAGCAGUGAUGAUCUAAACCUUACAUCAUUACUAGCAAUGACAUAACUUUUAUUGAUCAUAUGACUUUCAUUGUUUUACUGAAUCAGAGCAGUGCUUUCUAGUCACUACAUUGAAAUUCUCUAAUUUUUCUCUAUGGAUGCAAAUGAGGUGAAGAUUUAGUGGCUUGUUUUUCAUGAUAACUUUUUUAUGUGCUUUUCAAGUUUUGUCUAAUUUGAUAUUUAACAGUUUUGUAAGCAGUUAUUAACAGAAAAUGGAAUAAAAUGUUGGAAUACACAUAGAGCAACCAAUUAAAAAUCUCAUCUUGUUUUCAACUCAGUAACUAUGAUUUAUUUUAUGUUUGGAUAGAUGAUGUGGUAAUGAUCACAAGCUUUACUAAAACAUGUCCUCAUCUACAUAAUGUACAUUCCAACUUUGAUCCUUUCAUGAGUUGACCUAUACUCAACUAUCUAUUUUAUUUUGUCAAAAGCAGUUUAUUUGAUCUUUUCUUAAGGCAAAAUGUUACUUGAUGGUUCAGACCUUAUGGAUAGAAGGAAAUCAAAUGCUCAGAAGGUUGCAUUUCAAUUAGCAGAUUUCUUUCUUUUCUGUUAUCAUAUUUCUGAGUGCAAGAUAAUACUUCUACAAACCACAAUAAAAUCAUUAAUGUUAUUGUGAGGUCACAUUUUCAACUGUAUUGACAUGUAUGUGGUGUGUUGGCAAGAUAGAACUUUCGUCACUAGUAGUGAACUUAAAAUUUUCACCAUUGACUAUGAUGGACCUGGAUACAUCCUGGUCCAGUGGACAUUGAAGUGAAUGAAACAUCAGGUCAUUAAAUCAGGCAUAGUAACUCAUUAUUGGAUGGGUGUGAUAACUUCAUUAUGACAUGUUAAAGAGUGUAAUAUUCUGUUUAUCAUACAAAAGCAAAUGUUUUAGGAUCUUGUAUAAAGCAUACAUAUAUUGUUUUCUAUUGCUAAGACAAUAGCAAGCCAUUUAUCGAAGAUGUCAAAAUACCAUACCUAGUUCUUACUCAUGUGUUACAGUAUAUAUUGGUAUAGAAGUAGAGGCUUCUUAUGUGUGAAAUAAAAUUUUUUGCACAAUCAUGUUGAAUAAAUAAAAUUUUAUAAAGGUAAAUGCAUAAAUUUUGCAUCAAUAUAGAAUUUUGGAAGAGUUAUUUUUAAUGUAUAUGAAAGAAUUUAUGAAACAAGUCAUAGAAUUUUUCAUUUUGGAGUCAAGGGUAACAAAAAUUAAAACUUUUGAGACCCAUUUAAUUUUAAGAUACUUCACAUGUCAGAAAAGUAACAUUUUGACAGGUUUUAAUGUAAAAAUGUGGGGGGCAAAAGCAAAUGGGUUUUGUUAUGCCAUUUUCAAUUAGGGGAUAGUAUGUUUGUUUUUAUGCACAUACUGGAGAUCAGAAAUUGCCUAGAGUAUCUGUCUAAAUUGUUGUUUAUGUUGCUUCUGGGUGUAUAUACCUGAAAUUCGUCAUGUCUAUCUCUGAAUGGUAAAGGUAAUUGUUCACUAAAGUAGAUCAAUAAAAAAAACUGACAUCGUGGAGAGGAAUCAACAAGAGAUCAUGACAGGAGAUUCAUGCACAUUUGUGUGAUUGUUUCAGAGAUUGGGAUUUUUGUAUCAUUCACGAUAUCAUUAUCCAGUAAAGGUAGUAGGAGACAAUACCAUGUGACAUGAUUUUAUUUAGUUGUGAUGUUAGUUGAUCCCUGGAUUGACAAUAUCGCUUACUGUCCUCUGUAACAAUUACAAUGCAUCAUCUUUACUGAAAUUCUGAUAUUUCUCUGGCAGAUAAAAGUCAAUAGGAACAUGAAACAAAGAAUUUCUCAACUUUACAUUUUUAUGACACAUUUAAGCAUGUCGUAAUAAUUUUUUCCAUUGUUAAAGUCGAUCAUCUGCCUAAAUUGAGUGGCAUCCAUAUUUGGGCUAACGUCAGAAUAUGGGGCAUAUAGGGAGUUGUAUCAUGAAAAUUAUCAAGUGAAAAGUUAUGUUACAUAACCAUUAUUUUAGAAUUCUUAAUGAAAUGUCAAUGUCCAUAUGAAAUCACAAUUGACUGGCUGGCACAAUCAAUGAAAAACACAAGUGGCAUACACGCAAAAAUAUUACUUGAAAGAAUUCACUGGAUAACAAGCUGAUGUGAUGAAAAAUUAUAGAAAAAAUCUCUUCAAAUAUUGUGUCACUUACAGAUUUAAUUUGAAAGUGGUCCUUCUUGCCGACUAGCAUUUUCAUGGAAGUACCAACUUCAUAUUGCAAUAAUACGGAAAUCAUCUUAAGCUCUGAUGAUUUUAUUUCGUUGUUAUAAAUUUAUGUUUUGUACAUAAAAUUUUAGAUCACCUUAUGGUGACCUAUUGGAAUCACCUUUGUUUGGUAUUAUACGUAAACAAUUUUAUUAUUUUCUUCUUCUUCCCAAAAAAUCCUUAACUGAUUUCAAUGAAAUUUUGUAGAAACCUUCCCUGGCAUAAGAUGAACCAAAUAUAAUGAAAUAUACCAUCUCCACCCCACAGGGGUCUGAGGGGUGGAGCCAAACAGGUCAAAUUGACUCAAAUUCCAAAAAUCUUUUAAUGACCAGAUAUGAUGGAAUCAAAUUCUCUUUAUGGAUGGAAGCAUCUUAGGGUGAAUUUCAUGGCCCUAGGGUCUCACAUUUCCCUGUGGGGAGGGGGUAAACUAUACUAUAGUUUAUAUAGGAAAAAUUUAUUUUUGAGCAUAAUUUGUUUAAUUUCCAUUGGAAAUAGUGUACUUUAAACUUGGUUAGAACUAUGAGUGAAGCAUGACGGCUUGAUAGUAUGCCCAUAUCGAUCCUGGCUGACCUCCAGGGCUGAUGUGUGGAGGCAAAAGGGGUCAAAUUGAUUUGGAUUUCAAAAAUCUUCAUUUUAACACUGAAUAUGAUCAAAUCAAAUGUUCUUCAUGGAUGAAAGUGUCUUAUGGUGCUUCAUCAAAAUUGUGAAUUUCAUGAUUCCAGGGUCUGGCAUUUCCUGGUGUGGAGGUGGUAAACUUUACUAUAGUUUAUGUAGGCAAAUAAGGUUUUUGAACAUAAUUUAAUUUCCAUUGGAAACAUUUCAAACUUGGUUAGAAUUAUGAGUGAGGGAUGACGGCUAGAUUGUAUGCAUAUAUUGAUCCUGACUUACCCCAGGGGCUGAUGUAGGGCCAAAAGGUCAGAUUUACCGAAAUUUUUAAAAUCUUCUUCUCAACGCCAAGGCAAGAUAGAAUCUAAUGCUCUUCAUAGACGGAAACAUCUUAAGGUGCUUUAAUUACCAAAAUGGGUCUCUCAUUUCCUGGGGAGGAGGUUAACUAUUUUAAUUUGAUAGAAAAAUUGCAUUUUUGAGCAUAAUGUUACUUAUUUCCCAUUGGAAAUUUUGAUGGUAUGCAUGUAUUGACACUGGUUUACUCUCAUCAAUGUCUCAGUUUCUUUUUCAUGAAUCAAAGCUACUUAACCCUAAACCUUUAUAUUCAAUAUUGCUUAUCUUGGGUGACCGUCACCGCCACAAGCCUCUUUUUUAAUUUCUGUGAUAUUGACUGGUUGUAUAGACACUAUCAAAGCCAUUAAACAUAUUGUGACAGUUUUUUUUUUUAAACUUCUGAACUUUCUUUUAGUCUGUGAUGGUACAUAUACAUAUAUAAAUGUACAUUUGUAUGCAUUAUUGUCUAGUUGUGUAUGAUUUUGAAUUGAGAUAAGGAAUAAUGAUUUACACAAUAGAGUUCAAACAACAGAAUUAAAAUUCUAUUGUUGUAUUUAAGUUUGCUGAAAAUAGGGUUGCCUCUGACCAUACAUGACCUUCUUCGAGUCUGAAGUAUUGCAGGUAAGGCUGAUAACAAUUAGCUGGGUUAGUCUGAAACUCACCAGCAGACAGACAGAAGCAAGAUGGACUGGCAGUUGUGUAGCCAGGUCUUGACGUUACAUAAGAAACUGAGGCCUAGAAUGACUGGCAGCUGUAUAGCCAUAUUGUACAAGAUAUUGACAGUCAUACUUGGUGCAAGACAGAGGAUGACUGGUUUAGAAAGGGGUUAAAAGAAAUACACUUCCCUGUCCCUGUUCAACGUCUUUGCCUUAAAACAUGCGGACGACCUGUCAAACUGAGGUGAACUUUGUAUUUUCUCAUCCAAUGUUGGAUCUUGGAAAACACAUGUGCAAUCAUCUGUGCCAUAAGUCUGUCCACUUGGUUCUGAAGUUGGGUUCAUGACCUUUUUAGGAGUAUUACGCAAUAAUCUGACACUGCCCAUGCAGCCAGUGUGUGGUCGACCUGGUGUUGGGUGAAUUACAUUUGGCCCAUAGGAGAGCUAGGCAUUGAUUGAUUGUAGAUUAAUAAAUGGUGAGUUUGAAUGCCCCCCAAAUAAAUACAGGUUCUCUUGUAUCAGUUAUUGUUCAGUUCUGACUGUGAACUGAAGAACUUGUGUAAUAAAGAAUGAUGGAUGUGAAUGACA